ACGUGACACAUCGUACUGUUCGCAAUGCUCACAAAUACGAACUAUUGCCUUGCUUUCUUACUCUUGCUUGUGACAUGUUCCGUAACUGCCCUUCGAUGUUAUACCUGCAGCUAUACGAACGGUGGAUUAGAUAAAUCAUGUAUUUUAGAUCCCGAAUCUACUCAUAAAAUUACCAAUUGUUCCAAAAUGUAUUGCAUUAUUGUUCGUCAAGAGCUAGUGCAUCCUGCAGGUCAGGUGGCCUCAUUUAUUCGCGAUUGUCAGGAUAAACCAUUGUAUUUGAAUGCUGUAAAAACAGAUGCAACAUUUAAAACAUAUCACCGUUCGUGUACUUCGGAUCUGUGCAACGAUUCUGACGGCACGCACGCCGCCACAAAUGUGGAUCCUAACUUUGGUGCUGCAGCUAACAUGAUAAUUAAAGGUAAACUUUCAUACUAUGGUGCGAAGGCUUAUAAAAAUUGAAAAACUCUAAAUACAUUAUGCAAGCGAAUCUUGCCGCUACUGUACUUGACCAUAUACGGAGAUGAAUUAAAGGGGACACUAUCUUUA